CGGGUAAGCUGUGUUGCAACGAAGUAGACUAGAAGUAGAAUAUUUUUGUUAACUAGAAUCUGAAUAAGAUUAAUCUCACGAAUCUGUUGGUUUGAGGAAAUUCUGAUAAUGUCAUCUCUCACUGUUAAACCAAAAAAUAGUGAUUGCAAAGAGACUGUUUUACUAAGAAAAGCUGUACCAAAAUACAACUUUCAAAAUGCUCAAAAACUCCCUAAAGAUUAUGACAAAGUUCGUCCAGUUUCACCAGUGACUAAACUAGCAGAAAAAGAUACAGACGUGACUUAUACUACAAAGCCUACCUUGGCUAAAACUACCGUUAAACCAAUCGCUGUCGUUGGGGCAUCACACUUGCAAAGGGAAUUACCUGCGACAGUAGAAGAAAUACCUCGUGAUCAUUCAACUGCUACUAUAAUUUCAAAACAGACCUGUGAUACAAAUAUACAACCAAGUGAAGUUUCAGCUUCUCAUAAAUUUUCACCUAGUCCACCAAUACAGAGUCAGCAUGUUCCUUUACAACCCAGUAACCAACACUCAAUCAUCAGCGUACCAGCUUCUACAGCUAUCACUUCUGUUGGGCAUGAGCUAGGCUCUCAACCUUCAGCUGAAGUUACAUUGCUUGAGUAUGAAAAGAACAGAUUGAAAAAAGAAUUGGACAUUCAACUUCAGGUGAAUUCAGAGUUGAAACGCUUAUUAGUAGCCUCAGUUGGUGAAGAUUUGACUCAAAGAGUGGAAAGGCUUUGUAGGGACCAUGCCCAACUUUCUCAGGAUAUUGGUGGCUUCAGCAAAAAAUUAAAUGAAGACUAUGAGAACCUGGAUAAGGUCUCCAUUCAAGCUGAUAUGUGGAGAAGCAAAUACCUGGCUGCCAGAGUAAUGAUAGAGGAACUGGGCAAUGCUCGAGCUUAUUUCUCCCUUCAGUGCCACGACACCCAGGAUGCUAUGCAGCAGUUGUUGAAUGAGAGACACGAGCUGCGAACCAAUUUGCUUGAAGCUUACAAGGUACUUCAACAAGUCAAGACAGCCUUUGACCCCCUCAACUCUCACAGGUCCACAUGUCUGAGAUCCACCAAUGUGCUUGAGUUGUCUAGGGCCUGUCAGCAGCUGGCCGAGGCCAUGAGGUUUCGCCUAGUGCCUGCGCAUGUUGUCUUUAACAUUGAUUCAGAGUUGCCUGAUGUAUGGGAGGCUUCAGUUACCAGGGCCGAGCAGUUUGCUCAUGAGGUACUGUCCAGACCAGUGGAACCAACAGGCUGUUUACAGUCAGGCUCCUCAAUGCUCCUACCUGUGACAGGCAGACAGGAGUCGCUGAUAAAACGUUUCCACCCACACACCAGGCAUGAGAAUUUAACAUUCAACUGUUGUGUUCACUGCAAGGGGGAGAUCAGUGUUGUCUAGGCAGUACAGUCAGCAUUUAUCAUGUUAUCGUCGCUACUUAGCAACUGUUCUUCAUUACUCAAGUAAUACAUUUAUUAUAUAUACUGUACCCAUUAACUUACUGGUAUAGUGGAUUUUAAUUCUCUAUGUUCUUACAGUGAAGGUACAUUUUUUAAAAUGAUCUAUCAUGUGUACAUAUUAUUAAAGACAAUCAUGAAAAUUUAUGGACAAGAUUUUUAAAAGUACUUUUAAUUAAGUACAUUUGAGGCACUUAAUUUAUUUUUUUACCAGUUUUUCUCUUUCAAUUGUAAUUAUAUUAAUGGCAUAUUAUGUAACAGUUUGUAAAAAUUAUUCUUUCUUAUACUUGUGUUAUUAUUUGCUAUUUUCUAGUGUUUGAAUUAAAAUUCUAGAAUAUCACAGUUGAAAAAAAAAUAAUUUUGUUUUCCUCCUGCAAUAAAGAUGUCAAGUACUGGUACUUUUAAUUACUUGAGGUAAUGAUUUUUUUAACAGAACCUACCGAUUUUGAAAUGUAUAUUAUCUAUUUUAGUGUAUCACAUGCAUAAUAAUACUGAGUUCACAUUUCAAGGCCUAAAAAACACUCCCAGCGUUUGUUCUGCCGACCUGCUGUAACGUAAUGACGUUCCCUGCGUUCAAUAACCUUUUUAUUUACUUACUUGUUUUGCCUAUGUAAGUUUUUGCAGAAUCUUUAAGUGUUUAAUAAAAAAAUAGUUCAGGUGGAAUUCUGGAGUUAAAUUUUAAUGUAGAGUUAAAAAUAACUACUGCCUUUAUAUUAUGUGUUCUUUUUUAGAACAUUUUUCUUUAGAAACUAUUUGUAUCAGUUUGGUUUUUUUAUAGUUUUUUUUUUUUUCGGUUUGGUUUUAUGUUGUAGUAGUUAUAUAUAUAAUAUAUAUAUAAAUAUUAUAUAUUUACUUUUAUAUUUUAUAGCUGGUUAAGGUAAGAUC